AUGAGCGGUCGACAACCACUAAUUUCCAAUGAAUACCCGAGGACUAGUCUUAGCAAAGAUAGAAAACGAUUUAUCGUUGUGGCAUUUUUUGAUUCUUCUAUAACUAUUCUUCUCUGGUUGUUAUGUACAGUAACACGUGAUGAUGAUUGGGACAAAAUAUUUUUCGAUGAAAUCAAUAUUUUCAAUCCAAAGUUUAUGAAAAUUUCUCUUUUUGAUGUUGUUUUAUUAGCAAUUCUUAGGAUGCUCAUUUUGGGGUUUGUCUACGGAAUUUGUCUGGUUAAACAAUGGUAUACAGUUGCUUUUACCACACUCGCAUCGAGUGCCUAUAUACUUAUGAAAGUUUUAUUUUAUUUUAAUCACUCAUCGAGUGCAGUUCCUCCGAUACUCCUAAUUAUUGCCUCAUUUACACUCUGCUGGUCUGAGUUCUAUCUUAUGCCGUUCCAAAUAUUGCCUAGAGAACGAAGACACGCUCGACGAGACAUUGACGGCGUUGAGAAUCCUGACUUUUCUACAGAUGAGGAAACACGAUCUAAUUAUCGCCAUCGCCGUGGACGCCGACAGCAAAACUCUGGGAAUCAAUCAGAAGUUCCAACGGCAGUACCCUCUCGCGUGUCCUCUGGCGUCUUCAUAGCUUCUGAUUAUGAUGAGUUCAGAAGCGCUGCUGAGUUUUCCUCAGAUGAAGAAGCACGCACACGUCUCUUAGUUCCGCCAGAUACGAGAAGAUUAUUUGAAAUCACGCUCAGAGAAUGUCUAGAUCAAGUUGAGGAAUUGAUCAGAGAUUCUCGUCUUGGUGGUUGGAAAACGCUUCGAUCGAAUACUCCAACUGUUUUGCAAGGUCCGGAUAACUAUUUUUUGGUUCGAGCAGAGUUUAAUAAAUUCCCUGCAUUGGUGCUUUUUAAUAUAGCCUGGAAGGAUAUGCUGAAAUGGAAUACCCAGGUUAUUGAAGGAAAGAUGAUAGCUCAUUUAGACAAUGCAACCGAUUUGUACUAUUCCGUUAGUGCUCCUGCUAUGCGGGGAUACAUUUCAUCACGAGAUUUUCUGGAUCUUCGCAAAAUCAAGUUAGAUUCAACAACCGAUAUCUACACCGGAUAUUUUGUUUCUGUUGAAUCAAACUUAUGCCCUACUAGCGGAAAUCCAAAAAUUGUUAGAGGACACAACUUUCCAUCCAUGAUAAGAACAUCGAAAGGAGAAGGAGGUAUUACGUGUUUCGAAUGGCUCAUGAAAACUGAUUUGAAAGGAGGUCUUCCUAAGCGUCUCGUUAACUCUGGAAUGAUUAACUACUUCAGUGAACAUCCUGUUCCUACUACGAAAUCUUCGCAGUCUCCAGUUGUUCCAGUUGCUCCAGCAGCCGGUUCUUCUAUUAAACAGUCCGAUAAUGCGAGUCCUGAAAUUGUGAAGAAAGAAGAAGGAAAGAGUGAAGUGAAAGAACCGGAGCCAAAGAAGACAGAGUCUGUGGUAGAAAAAAAAGAAAAAGAGAAAAUGGAAGAUACAUUUGAAGCUAUUCAGCCAAAACAGCAAGAUGCUGGUAGGAAGAAAGAACUAGGCGAUAAGAAGAAGGCGGAAAAUAAGGGAGAUUAUAAAACUUGGAAUAAGGUGAUUGAGAAUAGUGAGUUCAAUAAAACGUUGAGUGAGAAGGACGAGAAAGACGGAAAAAAGAAGACUGGUAAAAAAGAUGAUGAAAAGAAGGAGGAUGAUGAUAAAAAGGAAGGUGAUGAAAAGAAAAGUGAGAAGAAAGAAAUCGAAAAGAAAACCGAAAAAGACGGGGACGAGAAAAAGUCAGAGAAAAAAUGA